AUGUCUAGUGGCCCAUCGGCCAGCUCCAAUCCUGCUGAUGGAUCCUCCAAACGUGACCCGAGAUACGUCGAUCUAGGCCUUGAUGCACCUGAACCUUGGUCGAAAUGGUCCAAUGACCCAUCUAAGAUGAAGCUCGAUACAUAUUUUUGUCUCAAUAAUCCGAACGUUCCAGGUCUUGCGGCAGCCUACAAGCUGCCAGGACUGAAGCCUGUCAUCGUCAAAUGUGGCAAGCCUGGCUCAGGCUACAAGUUCUUGUUGAAGGAUGAUACAAAUUCCUUCUUUUUAUUCAAUGAAAAUGCAAAUGAAAUGUACCGAUUCAUAGAGACUCUAAGUGACAAGGACGCUGUUGAGCUAGUUGAGACGGGGACCUACGAUAUCACGAAGUUAGAGAUGCAGUACCAAGUCAGACGACAGGGUCAGUCGGGAUAA